AUGAGUGAACUCGUUUUCACUGCAUUUCUCCCCUCUAUGUGGGUCUUCUACCCUAGCUUUGCUUUGCCCUCUGAAGCUCUGAGUCGCCCUUUGCAACUCAACGUCAUAAUGUCUAGAGCUUCCUCCAUGCGUAUUAUUGAUUUUGGAAGUGGAAUUGAUGAAUUUACAUUAAGGAAUUUAUAUGGUUCCACUGGGCCUUCAAGAGCUGAACAAACCUACGAGUAUACUCCUCCUGAAGCUUUGCUAAAUGCUACAUGGUAUCAAGGGCCAACAAGCUCAACUUUGAAAUAUGACAUUUGGAGCGUUGGUGUUGUGAUGUUAGAGUUAGUCUUAGGGACACCAAAUGUUUUUCAGAUAAAUGCUUUAACACGUGCUCUAUUAGACCAGCAUCUAGAAGGCUGGAAUGAGGGCGUGAAGGAGCUGGCAUACAAGUUGGAGUUUCACCUGCAUCUUGGAAAUGCUCCGAAGAAUUCUUUUCUCGUCAAAUUAAGAAUCGAGAUCCCCUAA